CCCAGCCCGAGAUCGUCCCUGGGGUCUCAGUAUUAUUGGAACGGAACUGUCACCUGUGAACGCCAUGGAUGAAUGGAGGAGUCCAUCGGAGUCCUUACUACUAUGACUUGAUAAGUACUUGAGGCCUGCUAGUCCGCUCGUCUCUCAUUGAAUGAAGUCCUUCACUUGCCAACUCAGCCUGCAUGAACUGACAUCCCUGCCGCAAUCCCGUGUCGCGUUGCGUUCAUUGAAUGCCCCCAGCAAACACCAACACCUCCUGGGAUGUGGGGAGCCUUGUACUAAUUUCUCCCGCUUGUCCACCCCAACUUCCUUCCACCUCCCUCCCAGCAUCCCGAUUUCUAUCUAAGUUGCUAGUCUGUUAGUCGGUUCGAACGCGAGCACCUUUUUUUUUUUUUUUUUUUAUCUUUCAAACCAAUAAACUACUACCCACCUGCCCUGCUGAAGCAUCAUGUCGUCCAGAGGUGGCUCUGACCGGGGAGGGUUCGACGGAGGUCGAGGACGCGGAGGGUUUGAUGGAGGUCGAGGACGCGGAGGGUUCGAUGGGGGACGUGGUGGCCGUGGAGGGGGCCGUGGAGGGCGUGGAGGCUUCGAGGCUCCCUCCGUGUACUCCCCGAAAGGACCGCUUGCUCCUCCCAGCGCACAGGUGGAGAAGACGGAGAACGCCGUGGCAGCAGCUUUGACCAAGAAGCAGCAGAAGUCGGCGGACUGGCCAGAGCGGCCUGGUUUUGGCACGCAGGGACGGCCCGUCACGCUCUUCGCCAACUACUUCGAGCUCAAGUCCGCGAGCACCCAGCUCUACCGGUACAAUGUUGAUAUCCACGCCGACUCGGCCGGAAAGAAGCCUACCGGCAAGAAGGCCCGCCAGGUUGUCAGACUGCUCCUCGAAGAACACCUCCUUUCUCUCAAGGAUAGUAUCGUUACCGAUUACAUGUCCACUCUGAUUUCAAGCGUCAAACUCCCAGAGGACGAGCGCGAUUACGAUGUCCGCUACCGAAACGAGGACGAGGACGAGUAUCCGGAGAAUCCAACAGUCUACCGAGUGAAGUACCAAUUCACUGGCACUCUCAAUUCCGGUGAUCUUCUCAAUUACCUGACCUCGAGCAAUGCUGCUGCCAUGUUCGCAUCCAAGGCAGACGUGCUGCAGGCGAUGAAUAUCAUUCUCGGCUUCCAACCCAAGAGUGACAUGACGAUUGCCUCCGUUGGGGCCAACAAGCAUUUUGCCAUGUGCGGGGGCGCUGAAGAGAAAUACAACCUGGGUAAUGGCCUUGAGGCCCUCCGUGGCUUCUUCGUCAGUGUCCGGGCGGCAACCGCACGUCUUUUGGUGAACGUGCAGGUGAAAUACGCGGCCUGUUACCAGGAAGGACCACUGGGAAACGUUAUCGCUGCCUACGACGCGCGUGAUGUUCAUCAGCUCCGAAAGUUCCUACGUAACCUGCGAGUCAGCGUGACGCACAUCCAAAAGAAGAACAAGAAGGGCCAGGUCAUCCCCAGGAUCAAGCGCAUUUCGGGCCUUGCGACUCCUAGGGAUGGGGCGUCUUUGCAAAACCCUCCCAGGGUGGCCAGACAUGGAGCCGGUCCAAGGGAUGUGCAAUUCUUCCUCGAUGCGCCAGGCCAACAGCCCUCCUCUGCCCAGCAGUCCAAACGCUCCGGCAAGAAGCCAGCCAAGGCGGGGCCCGCGCCUGCUGGCAAGUACAUCAGCGUCGCGGACUUCUUCCGUCAAAACUAUAACCUGAACGUGGACGCAAGCCUGCCGGUGGUGAACGUCGGGACUAGCGAAAAUCCCAGCUAUCUGCCCGUUGAAGUCUGUGUAGUCCAGCCGGGCCAGCAGGCGAAUACUAAGCUGACGCCGAACCAAACCCGAAACAUGCUCAACUUUGCCGUGCGCUCUCCCACCCACAACGCCGAAUCUAUCGUCAACCAGGGAACAAACGUGCUGAGCCUGGGCGCACCAGCCAACCCGACCCUUGUGAAAUUCGGCAUCCAGACUGAUCCCAGACUGGUGACCGUGCCUGGUCGAGUGCUUGCACCACCCAAUGUCUUGUACAAGGACGUGGGUAAGCCCAACCAAAAGUCAAUCAAGCCACUAGGAGGAAGCUGGAAUAUGAAAUCCAUUCGAUUUUCUACGUCUUCCAACCUCUCCUCUUGGGCGUGGAUUCUCUUGGACUUUGAGCGUGGCAGGCGGGCCUUUAACUCCCCAGAUGAAUUGAGUAACUGCCUGCGCAAUUUCACUGCGAAGUUGAACGAAAUCGGCGUGGUUGCCCAGAUGCCCAAGGGUGGAGAAAGGGUCGUCUUGGACAGGAGCCAGUCGCCUGAGACUCAAAUCGAGAAGGCCGUUGCCAAGCUGAUGGCCGUCCAUAAGCCCUCGUUGAUCCUGACGAUUCUUCCUGCUAUUGACACGGAACUCUACAACAGCAUCAAGCGAGUCUGCGACCUGCAGCACGGAGUCCGUAACGUGAACGUGCUCGGCGAGAAAUUCGCGAAGUCCCAGGACCAGUACUUUGCCAAUGUCGGGCUCAAGUUCAACCUGAAGCUCGGUGGUAUCAACCAGAUCCUGGAUCCCAAGGAACUGCCUCUCAUCGGACAGAACAAGACGAUGCUCGUCGGCAUCGAUGUCACCCACCCUUCCCCUGGCUCCUCGUCCGCCGCCCCCAGUGUCGCAGGAAUGGUUGCCUCUGUCGACUCAUCCCUGGGCCAGUGGCCCGCAGAGCUCCGCAUCCAAACCGCGCGCCAGGAGAUGGUCAAUGACCUGGACACGAUGCUGAAAGCCCACCUGAAUCGCUGGGCUCGCGCACACAAGAGCGCCUACCCGGAGAACAUCAUCGUCUACCGGGACGGCGUCUCCGAAGGCCAAUACGACCUCGUCGUCCAGCAAGAACUGACCCUUCUCAAGGAAGCCUGCAAGGAGACUUACCCUGCCCCCGACACGGCCAAGGGCCUCCCCCGGAUCUCCAUCGUGGUUGUCGGCAAACGCCAUCACACUCGCUUCUACCCAAGCAAGCUCGAGGACGCCGACCGCUCCGGCAACCCGCACAACGGCACUGUCGUCGACCGCGGCGUCACCGAAGCCCGCAACUGGGAGUUUUACCUCCAAGCCCACACCGCGCUGAAAGGCACUGCCCGUCCUGCCCACUAUUUCACCGUCUGGGACGAGAUCUUCUGCCGCGAGAAAGCCAAGUUCCCCCACCAGAACGCCGCAGACAUCCUCGAGGGCCUCACCUACCACGUCUGCUUCCUCUUCGGCAGGGCCACCAAAGCCGUGAGCAUCUGUCCGCCGGCCUACUACGCCGAUCUGGUCUGCACCAGAGCUCGCUGCUACCUGAGCCAUGUCUUCGAUCAAGAGACCCCGACCGGUAGCGUGGUGACCGGCCACGAACCCUCCCUGGGGAACACUGACGUGAAAAUCCAUCCUAACGUCCGCGACACCAUGUUCUACAUCUAACAUACUUCCCUACCUACCUACCUACCUACCUAUACCCCAAACCAUGAAAUCUAAACCCCACGCCAUUCCCCACCUCCCCUUGGACCCUAUUGGAUAUCAACGAUACAUACAUAUAUACAUACAUACAUACCUACCUACCA